AGCAGUUUCUCCUCUUCUGAGCUGUCUCCACUGUAUCUCUCUCUGUGUAUUUAGCCUUUCCUGUUAUCUGGCCAGUCAGGCAGCUCACAGCGCUCUCUGUGCAGAGGAGGCUGGAAGUUGCUGUCAGACGGACUCGUGGACAGGUCGGUCCAUUUACCCGGUCUUGCUGCUGGGUCGUUUGUCCAUCCCUUUGAGAGAGCUGCCUGCAUCCUGUGGAUUUAUCUCUGUGUGAGUGACACCUGGGAAGACGAGGGAAACCUGAGCAGAGAGCCAGGAGUCUGCACCCCCCCACCCACCCUGCUUCGUCCCUCCUGAGUGUGUGGAUGACCUGUCCUCCUCUGGUCUGCUCCUCAGCACCAUGAACAAGAUGAAGAACUUUAAAAGGCGUUUCUCUCUUUCUGUUCCUCGCACUGAGACCAUUGAGGAGAAUGAGUUCACUGAGCAGAUCAACCAGCUCAACAUACGACACACUCAGGGACUGACUCCAGACAGGCUGGGUCCUCCGUCUCACGAUGCCAGUCCGGUGAGCCCAGAACCAACAACACCGGGAGCUCAGUCUCCGUCCCACCUCCACUAUCACAGCAAGGCCCAGCACAGACGUUUCUCCAUGGAGGACGUCAGUAAGCGAAUGUCUCUGCCCAUGGACAUCCGCCUGCCUCCAGAGUUUCUCAAGAAGCUGCAGCUGGAGAGUGAAAACUCGCCGCUCUGCAAACCUCUCAGUCGCAUGUCUCGGCGUGCUUCACUGUCUGACAUAGGCUUCGGGAAACUGGAGACGUACGUGAAGCUCGGCAAACUGGGUGAAGGGACAUAUGCCACAGUGUUCAAAGGGCGAAGCAAGCUAACAGAGAACCUGGUGGCGUUAAAGGAGAUUCGGCUGGAGCACGAGGAGGGAGCACCUUGCACUGCUAUCAGAGAGGUGUCUCUGCUGAAGAACCUGAAGCACGCCAACAUCGUCACACUGCACGACAUCAUCCACACCGAGCGCUGCCUCACUCUGGUGUUCGAGUAUCUUGACAGCGACCUUAAACAGUAUUUGGACAACUGCGGGAAUCUCAUGAGCAUGCAUAAUGUCAAGAUCUUCAUGUUCCAGCUGCUACGUGGUCUGUCCUACUGUCACAAGAGGAAGAUCCUCCACAGAGACCUGAAGCCUCAGAACCUGCUCAUCAAUGACAAGGGCGAGCUGAAACUGGCCGACUUUGGUCUGGCGAGGGCCAAGUCCGUCCCCACAAAGACCUACUCCAAUGAGGUGGUAACUCUGUGGUAUCGGCCCCCCGAUGUGCUGCUGGGCUCUACUGAAUACUCCACACCCAUUGACAUGUGGGGUGUGGGCUGCAUCCUGUACGAGAUGGCGACCGGUCGUCCCAUGUUUCCCGGGGCCACAGUAAAGGAGGAGCUGCACUUAAUCUUUAGGCUCAUGGGCACCCCUACAGAAGAGACUUGGCCCGGUAUAAGCAGUAAUGAGGAGUUUAGGUCUUACCUUUUUCCUCAGUACAGACCUCAAGCUCUCAUCAACCAUGUGCCCAGGUUGGACACAGAGGGGAUCGACGUUCUGUCUGCUCUGCUGGAGUAUGACACCAGGAGCAGAAUCUCCUCUGAAGCUGCUCUGCGACACCCCUACUUCCUGAGUCUGGGGGAUAACAUACACAAUCUGGCAGACACUGCUUCGGUGUUUUCCCUCAGAGAGGUUCAGCUCCAGAAGGACCCAGGCCACCGCACCUCUUUGUUUCAGCCUUUAGGUCGGGGAAAGAACCGAAGACAAAGCAUCUUCUAGAGGUCACAGCGGAGGACAGGAAACACACAGAAAAGAGGAGCUGCCUUUCCAGAAGGCCAACUCAGCUCAGUACAUUCACAAGCAUGCUCUCCUACGUGCACACGCCUGCAUGUACAUACAAACCCAUGGGCACACGCUCACAUCCAUGGCAGCUGUCCGUGGAGACACACUGGGUUUUCUGGAAACAAACGUGUGCUGCACGUGAAAUGGCUGAGCUGAGAUACACACUCCCUUCACACACAAAGUCGAGUACAAAUUUGCACCCAUUUUGCACAAUCAGCGACGUGCUGCCGUGACGCAGUUGCACACACCAGAGAUUGAUAGAUAACCCACUGACACACACAUGCAUUUCAACCCAGAUAAACAACAGACCCCUAAAUAAAACUGCUCUGCCCUGCUUUAGUGUACACAUAUACGCAGGCUUGUAUAAUUACCAUUCAGAGCAAACCCAGAGCUCAGGCUCCUUAAGGUAGCUACCACAGCUGGAAGUGUCAUACGGUUGCAGGUUGUGGUGUGAGUAGACAUCAGUUCAAUUAUAAGUCUAUAAGUAUAAUGAGAUCAACUUGUUUCUAAAUUUUACUAAAUGUUUGCCUUACAUAUGUUUAGACUUGUUUAGGGAAGAUGUUUGUUAUAGCAUCAAAUGGCACUUUGGAAAUGUGAAAUUUCCUCCCAAUUCAACAGUGACAGUCUGUCAUUUGUGGUGCUUUCAGGAUCGUAGGAUUUUAGAAAUACUGAGGUUAUGAAUUCUGUUCCAGCAAAGCUUCGUGUAAACUUUAUUUCCAUGCAUGAAAGUCUUAAUGGUGACUCAAAGCCUUGUAAUUACUGUCAGAGAAAUUCAGAAGAUUUCAUUUAUUUAUUCUUAUUUUCGCCUGCAAGCAGUGAAACAAAUAGUGGAAUUAAAAGCCUAUAAAAUACCCAAAGUCCCUCAAGGCUGACAAAACCUGCAAAUUCACAGGUGGAUGAUGAUGUUCAGCUGCCUGAGUGUAUCAGCCAGCUAACAACAUGGUAGAAUUUAAAU